CGCCGUGCCCCCCGCGCGUGCUGCCGGGCGGACGCCGGCGUGAGUCACAGCGGGGCUCGCCUUUAUAACGGCCCGGAGGCUCGCGCCAGCCGCCCGCCAGUCCGCCCUCCGGCCGCUCCGCGCUCCAGCGAGCGCGCCCCGGCCCCGCGCCCCCAACGGCCCCCAACCGCCGCGCAGUCCCGAGGGCGCCAUGAGGGGCCCGCGCUGCGCCCAGCUGCUGCUCCUGCUGCUGCUGCCGCCGCUGCUGCUCACGCCCCCCGCCGGGGACGCCGCAGUCAUCACCGGGGCCUGCGACAAGGACCCCCAGUGUGGUGGAGGCAUGUGCUGUGCUGUUAGUAUCUGGGUCAAGAGCAUAAGGAUUUGCACACCUAUGGGCAAAGUGGGAGACAGCUGCCAUCCGCUGACUCGUAAAAACCAUUUUGGAAAUGGAAGGCAGGAAAGAAGAAAGAGGAAAAGAAGAAAGAGGAGGAAGGAGGUUCCAUUUUUUGGGCGGAGAAUGCAUCACACAUGUCCAUGUAUGCCGGGCUUAGCCUGUUUACGGACUUCAUUUAAUCGAUUUAUUUGUUUAGCCCGAAAGUAAUCACUUGAGAGUAGAAACUUUAAAUGUGAACAGCCACAUGAUGUCUGUAAAGUCUAUUUACUUGUGAUUGUGCCAAACAAAUAAUAUGCCAGAAAGAAAUGCUGUUGCUUUCUCAACUAUCCAAGUAACAUUUCUAUCUUUGAUGUUUAAAUGACUUUUUUUUUUUUAAUUGAAAGAGGAUUUUAAUUUUGGAUACGAAUGUAAAGUGCAGGGCAUUAUGGAACCGGUUCUCAUUUCCCUGUUUGUGUUUUGGUUUGGCUUGGCUCUUUUAAUGCCAAUAACUCACCCAUUUUCACAAAAAUGAGGAGAAUAAGAAUUUGUUACUUUGUCACGGAAACUUUUUUUUCUCAAACCACCCCUCCCCCCAGCCCUGCCCACCACACACACACACACACACA